AUGGAAGGCGGUACUCCUACGGAUGUAAACCCGUACUACGACUACUACGAGGAUGACCCGACUCCUCUCGGACUUCCUGUUACACUGAAUGAUUUGCUGGAUGAGCUGUCGCCCCCGCCCUCUGCACAUUCUAAGCGGCACCCGGACAACGAUUGCGACCAAUAUUCGUCGCUGCGUCGUUACAUCGAUGGUAUGAGCUCGGAGGAGGUUGAUGAGACGAUAAAGGGUCUCCUGAAAAGCUUAAGUUUGCGAGCCGGCACGUCGCCAUUGCUUCCGCCGUGUCAUCUCGGUAACCCUUUGGAGGGUGACGCCACGCCGCCGCUGGACUUCAGCCAAUCCGACUGGUCUUCUCAGAUUUGCCGUUUCAGUUCUGGGGAGAACCAGUCCACCCUUCGCCAUCUCACGUUCAAUCCGCUGCACGAGGCAUACGACAGCCGCGAGACCUUCGAUACGCUGUCGACAAACUGGACCUCAUACUACGAUGAGGGGAACCGUUCGGAGUGCGACAUUUCGACAGGACAUAUCGCAUAUGCGCCCACUGAAUUGGGCAGAAGCGAUACGGCACCCCCUGGCCUAUCCGCCAGCAGGGCUACGCUGUACUCCUGGUCGGACCUGCGCAGCACCAACCGCAAGGUUGUGGCCGAGUCCCUCCGUAACAUACAGUUUGAGGUGGCGAAAGUGGAGCAGGCGCUCGCAUCUGCGAUUAACGAGACGGCCCCUGUACCAUCGAGGUCACCCUCUCCCUCCGCCAAGCCGAGCAUAUUUGCUAAGCUGGCGAAGGAAGACGACUCGGCAGUUUCCACCCAGAAUGCGGCUAUGAUGAUGGGAGUGAAGCUGAACGCUCCCAACGAGUUCUGGAGGACGUCAAUUUGUAAAUACUGGCAGCGCGGAAUUUGCGAGAACACGCACUGCAACUUCGCGCAUGGUAAGAAGGAGCUUAAGGCUACGGUCGGUGUCUGGAAGACGACUCCCUGCCAUCACUGGAAGAAUGGGACUUGCCGCGUGGGCAGGUUGUGUCGUCACGCGCACGGUGAGGCAGAGCUGCAGCCGAUGAACAUGCCGGUGCGUCUGUUGAGGAACAGGGUUAUUAAUGCGCUGAAGGCGAAUGAGCGCUCUCAGCGCAGAAGGAACCAUACCACCAACUAG